GCAGUGGCAACCAACCGUCGAAUCGGGAUUCGGCCCCGCAACUUUACGCGGCUCCGUGCCAACAGAUAUUGAUCCAACCAACAGUCAAGUAAAAUCUGACUGUUCAGCAUGAGCUGACGAGAGUAGGGAGGAUAUUUGACAUCUAUACGCUAUCAGCCAUGUCCACAGAAACACCUCAGCGACGCAGCGCCUGUGGAUUGAGUUCCAUGAUGGAGAGGCUGUCCCCCCGCGUCUACCUGUUGCGCCCGCCGCCCAAUAAAACAAUACGCGGACCUGGGACCGACGCCGACGCUCCCGGGCUGAUCGUCAUCUUUGGCUGGAUGAACGCCGGCGAUGGCCCGCUCGCCAAGUACGUCAGCCAGUACCAGGCCCUCUUCCCGGCGUCGGCUAUCCUCCUCGUCACCUGCACCUUCGCCGGCAUGACCUUCCCGUGGAUAGGCUUGCGAGAGGCGCGCAUGGCCGCCACCGCCACCCGCGCCAUCCUCGAGCCGGACGACGAGGUGACCCAGAUAUCAUCACCUCACAGCAACGCGGCGGCCAAUCCGCCCCCACACCUGCGCCUGCUGGUCCACGUCUUCUCCAACGCAGGCUCGACCAUGCUGUACCACCUGUACACGGCCUACGCGACGACGGGCUCCUCCUACAACGGCAAGACCGCCGCGCUGCCCCUGCACGCCACCAUCUUCGACUCGACGCCCGCGCCGUUCACCUUCCAGACGCUGCUGCAGGGGAUCCUGUCCGGGGCGCCGUCGGCGGCGGCGCGGCUCGCCAUCACGCCCGCCGCCUACAUCUACGUCGCGCUCGUGUGGGUCGUGGUCGCGGUGUUGCGGCUGCCGGACCACAUCGGCGACCUCGGCCCGCGCGCGCACAACGACGCGGGCCGCGUGCGAGAGGCUGAUCGGGUGUAUUGUUACGGCCCCGCCGACCGCAUCACACCGGCCGCCGCCGUCGAGCGCCACGCCGCCGACGCCGAAGCCGCCGGUUUCCGCGUCCGCCGCGAGGUCUUUGACGGCUCUGGCCAUGUUGCGCAUGCUAGGAAGCAUGCUGAUCGCUACUGGAGUGUUGUGCGGCGGACUUGGGACGAGGCGAGGUUCGAGGCGCGUCCAUGAUGCGUGGUUAGGGCGACUCGGGAGCGUGGUUAUUACCGACUGGGUCUAACUAUUAAAGCCGGGACGUAAUCAGAAUGGCUAGAAUACUUUGAGUAUAGGAGAAGGCGUGCCAUGUUUCUGGAGGCUGUUAACAGCCAUUUGACUGAAUAUAAAU